AUGUGGAGCUUCACCUGGUUAGCCGUGCUGCUGUGCACCAUUUGCUACCAAGUCAUUUCAGAUAAUUUUAUAAGGCAAAAUACCAACUACAUUUUGCAGUUACUCCAAAAAAAUGGGAAUUACAAAAUCGUGACGUUAGAACCGGAGUGCACAGUAGGGGCAGGUAACCAACUGGGGCAAGCAUCCCAGCAGUCCGAUGUUAACAGGAAGGAGUUUUUACUUCACAACUACAUGGUAAUCAAGAAUUCACAAUUUACAAAUGAGAAAGUUUUAGAAAUAUACGCAUCGAAGGAAGAAAAUGUAAAAAGCCAUUUAGUGUUAACGUUCUACAUAGGGGACUUUAAUUUCUCCGUUGGUAACAAUUCUCCAUAUGAAGUAAAUUUAAUUUUAAGCAUAAUGGCAGGAAAUAAAAAAAGCACUUGUAAGACUAAUAAUUAUAGUAUGGUUUUGCUAAAAUCUGCAGAUGUACAGAACCCAUCAGAAUUAGAAAUUCUGUCUGAACCCAUCAAAUUUAGCAUAAGCAAAACAUCUGGAAGUUUUAGGAUAAACAUAAAUAACUUUUUCCUAGAUGGAACAUGGAGAGCUUUCAUAAAAGACAGACUUACAUUUUUGCUAAAACCAGAGGAUAACUGUUAUACUGUGUUGGAAGAUAAAUUAAAUAAGCCCUCUAUAAUAAUUGAAAAAAAAAAUAUGUUUUACACAGAAUGGGGAGAAUGGUCCAAAUGCUCUAUGGAUUGUGAAGAUCCUGAUAAUGUACAAAUACGAGAAAGAAAAUGUGCAGACCUAUCUGGGGAUUGUUUUAAAGGGGACCUAAAAGAAACCAGACCAUGCCAAGUGCCUCUACCACCUUGUAAUUCCCUUUUUGAACUUAAAGAAUCUUCGACGUUUAAAAUUGCCAUAAUUCUUUUACCCAUAAUACUUGUCAUUUGUGUAAUGGGGAUCCUAUAUCACAUAUUUUAUAAACAAAAAGGAGCCGAGAAGGAGUUGUACGAAAAUGUGGCUGGCAGAUUUAUGUACGAGUGA